ACCGCUACAUACUUUUUGCAAUUCGAUAGUGGCUGUUAAAUAAUUUUCCACCGUAGUUUUUAGCUAGGACUUCACUUUGGUUCUACAUCACGACAUUUUGAUAUUUGCGAGGAAAAACUACCAUAGAGAUAAUACUGACAGCUCUGGUUACAGAAUGUUCCGUAACACCUGCUCUUGCUAGCUAAACGUUAUUUUAUUGUGCUUUAUAGUCGUAUAAAGCGUUUUUGCUUCAUGCCUGUGCAGUUGAUUGAUUUGAUUGCGUCUUAAAUUUCUUGGCGUUAGUAAAUGCGUUGGAGGGCGGUGUGAGACUUUACUGUUGGUGUUUGAUCCAACAAUGCACGAAGAAGAAGGAGACGAAGAAGAAGAAGAAGAAGAAGAAGAAGAGAGCGAGGAUACUUCCAAAUACGGGAAGGGGACAGCGGUGCUUUUAGAUCGGUCUGGUAGUGUAAAAAAUUAGUUCAGGUUCGGUGUACAAAACACAACAAGAAAAUCAGUUUUAAUCGAUAACAGGAAGACAUUUCUUAACCUUGGUUUCCACACAAACAGCAUUCAGCAUCGAGUUAAGACAAUUUAACUCAUUUUCGACCCACAGCCACUAGCGAGGUUGUGACAGAGCAGUGGGAGUGAGCGGAAGGUGGGCAGAAUAAGCAACUCAGAUGUCAGUGGAGAGUCCCUUGUCACCUCCUCCUCCUCCUCCUUUACCUGCAUCCUGUCCACCGAUUCCUACAGCUUCAGCAGCAAAGAAGAAGCUGUAUCAGGUGCUAGCCAGCGACAGGACUGCUGUAGAGGGGAAUCACACAGAGGCCCGCUUGCUGCUCGGUCACAGGGAGAGCAGUUUUAGGAAGGACCUGCAGUGGAUACUUGUGAACACAUAUGUGCCUUCCCUCAUCCAAGAUGGUCCACAGUGUGGCCUGGUGGCUUUGUGGAUGGCUGCUCAACUCCGGCAGCCACAGCUGAGUGUUGAUAUGGACGCUGUGGUUCAGACGGCGCUGAGCCGAGGAUACACUGCUCAGGGUGAAAUGUUUUCAGCUGAAAACAUGGCCCUGCUGGCAGAAGAGGUUUGUGGCUGUAAGGCUGAACCGCUCUCUGGAGGUUUGGGAGGUAAUAACGCUGCAGCUGUCAUCACACACCUGUGGGGGAGGCAGCCUGUCCUCAUCCCGUAUGAUGAGGACUUCAACCAUGAGCCAUGUCAGCGUGGCGGCAAUAGAGCACACUGGGCGGUCGCGUCGGGUGUUCUCCUGGGUGUGGACCAGGGCACUGUGAGCAGAGAUCACACCCAGCCUGAUCCCACUCUGCCCUGGCUCUGCCUCGCCGCUGACAGCUGCUCACCCUGUCCUGUCAUCACCACGGCAGCCAAAGAGGUUUACAUCCUGGCUAAGCAGGGCAAAAGCCUGCGCUACCAGCUGUGGACAUGGGACAGCGUGGUUCAGAGCAACGAGCAGCUGAGGGACAUGGACCCUCAGAAAGCGAACGACGGCACCCGUUAUGUGCUCCCUCUGGGCGGGGUGGAGGCUGGACUGGCUGGACAGGCGGUGUUGCUCCACACAAGGACGCAGAAGCAGUGAGGCCGCUCAGAUCAGCAGAACCCAGCAGAUCUGUUGAAUGACAGCUCGCUGAGCUCUGGCGGUGCAGUGUGACCCAUUUAAAGUCGGGCGUUUAAAUGGGUUCAAGUUUUUGAAUCAAUCCAAAAGGGCUUCACAAUACAGUAAUGACACUGUGGGCACUUUGUGGAUCCUUAGGGAAGCCAUGUGAAAGUCUGAAAAGGUAUACAUCAUUAAGGUGAAUUAGCUGUAGCUUUAAAUGUGCAGAAGUCAAGAUUUUGAACAUUCAUAUGGCAUUAAUGUUACAGCAAACAAUGAUCUGCUAUGCAAAUAUAUAGUGAAGUAAUGGCAUCUUCUGCCUCCUCUGGAUGUGUUAUAAUCUGAAUUUCUCUGUUCUGUUCUGUAGCUGGUCCAGUUAUGUGUGCAUAUUGGUGUAUUUGAGUCCCUCUCAUCUUUGAAAAUGUUUUCCCUCCUCGUGUUUAUACACCAACUGAGAGUGAAAAGUAUUUUAUUUAUCCUCUGUACCUUAUUUCUGUGCACAGCUCAGUGAGUCUCUGCUCAGCUACUCGUUUUCCAUUCAUGACUGUUCUGCUUCAGUCUUUGUGUGUUUGUUUCCAUGCAAAGACUGGAACAGACACAAGCACAAAGAAGGAAAACCCAACUCAACAUUUCAAUUUAUUUAAUUUUUUUUUGUUGUUCUGGUUGUAAAUGACAGUAAAGAGGGAUUUUUAACCGACAUGUUCAUUUGUUUUGGUCUGAGAUGUUGGUGCUCUAAUAAUAUCCGAAGGUACUGAAGGCUGCGUCUUUAUUAGUUUGAGUUGUAUUAGUUCUUUGCAGCCAAAAUAAUACGGAGGAACAAAUUACCUAAAAUAACUGACCACAUUGCUGCACUAGUAUAAUGGAAAAUCUAUCUUGAAGUACUAUUUUUGAGGGCUAAACCAUUAACAUAAGUUUAUAUCCAGUUGUUGGUGCUAUAACUGCAUUUUCAAGAAAUACACCAUCACCUCAGUGUCCAGGAAGAUUUCAAUACACAGUUAUUCAUGUAUUUCUACAUCUACAUUUUUAUGUUGUAGCUUUAAUUCACUGCCUGUAUGAAAUGUAUGAUCUGGUUGUGUUUGAAAAGCCUGAGAAAAUAAAACAAACUCUUAUUUUCA